AUGUUGUGCAAUUGGUGUCAUAAAGUAAUUCCAGCAGGGGAAGAACUAAAAGAGCAAGAUAGAGGUUAUUCUUAUAUUUCUCUUUACGAAGGAACUGGAGGUGGCGAAGGCAGUUUUAUAGGAGGUGAAAUCAAUUCUUUAUCUGAAUUAGAUGAAAAAAUAAAAUUAGUAAAUAGUAAAACAGGCUUUCCUCCAUUUAAAGAAAUUCCACCAAUAGAUAAAUUUAAUCAAGAAACUAGCCAAAAUGUAGCCUACAAAGGAUUAACUUUUUUUGCUUCUGAUUUAAAUGCUUUAUUGGAUAAUUAUUUAAGCAAGAUUUUUCAAGGGCUGGUUUACGCGGAGGCUAUUCAUGACGAAUUAGGGAAGCAAUUGGGAAUUACUAAUCAUAAAAAUUAUAAAUUGCAACAUACUGAAAUUGCUUUGAAUGAAUUUGUUUUUAAGGGUAAAGGUCCGGAGCCUGGUGAUGACCCUGAGGAGGACCCAAAUCCUCAUCCAUCCAAUAAUCCAGUUAUUAAAGAAUUUCAACAAAAGGCUCAAGAGAUUAAAGAAUUAUUGAAGCCUUGUGAAAAAUUAAUCAAAUCUAUUGAAGAAGUCAAGAAAACCAAAGAAGAUUUAAAAAGCCAGUUGGAAGAAAAAAGAAAAAGAGAAUUAAACCCUGAUGGCACCGAUAAUCUUACCUCCAUAGCAACCAAAAAACAAAUAGCCAAAGUUGAAUUAGAAAUUACCAAAAUUGAAAAUAGCGGAUUAUUUCACGAAAUAGAAACUGCAAAAAUCUAUCUCGCUAAUUUUGCUAGGGAUAUAAUUAACUUUGAGAAUGAAUCAGAAUUUAUGAAAAAGGACAUUGUGGCUCGCUGA